CUGACAUUGAAUAGAUGGUUUUGUAGGUGAACGUUCCGGUAACCCGGGGGUUAGUCCACGCUCUGGAUAGUGAAACAUGCUCAUGGUUUUCGGGACUCGGUCAUUUUUUUGUGCCUUUGUAUUCGGCGAUUAUAGAUAGUCAAGGUUAUUUUAUAACGAUAGGGCUCACUACUUUUGGAUCCUGCAUUAAUGCAACCAUAUUUUUUUCUUAGGAUGGGGGACUGUAUAGCCACAAAAUUGUACUUCUGGGCUGCAAACAAAUUCAAGGUUACGCUAUGUGGGUACAUGGCCAGGGCUCUUAAGGCAGCUGCCCCAAGUCUCUCGUACGAAAAGGGCCCCAAAACACGGCUCCAGGAUGAUUUUGCAGUGACUCUGAGGCUCCUUCUGCCAUUAGCUUGGCUCUGUAUAGGCUGUAGGUACUUACUAACUGGAUAUGAUGCAACGUAAUGCGUUUCCUAAGGUAUGCCCUUCGUCGUUGAAGACAAACGUUUUGGAUUUUGCUGAAUCGUCGGAACCACUUCCUGCUAGCUAAAAUGAAAAAAAAAAUAAACAGACGUGUGAAAUCAAUUAGUCACAUAUUUACCUACCUGUGCUAUUGGCAUUUUUAAUGUAAUUUAUCUACGAAGCAUUCAAAUAAAAUAAUAUCAAAAAUACAGAAAUGAGCAAAAAAGCAGUACUGCAAUAGAAACAACAAAAAAGUAAGGUUAGUUUUUGAUUUUUGUCCGCUGCUGCCAUCUAUGAUAUUUAAUCUGUGGUACCUAUUGAAUACAUAAUUUUCCUGUGACGUGAAAGUUCACUAAUCUCACUAAGCACUUCAUGACUCUUAUCAUUCACAGAUGGCAGCAACUGCCUUAGAUUUUGAACAUUUUCCAUUAAUUAGGAAUUUAUUUGUUAUAAGUACAUACAUACAACUGGAAUAGCUGGAAGGAAACAAUUUAUUACAGGUAACGGCCAUACCACGCUCAAAACGCCGUCUCUCUUAUUUCAAAUUUUUAAUUUUUUAGUAGGCACAGGUUUUGAGUAUAUUUCCUGUAAAUAAACUUCUCAACCAAACCCCGGACAAAAUCUAUGAAUAUUGCACUUUUUGGACUUUUGUUUGUUCUAGUUUGUUUUGUAAGUGUCAUUUUAUUAUUUGGAUAUGACAAGAAUAUUAUAACCACAUGCACAUGUAUAUUAUAAAGUUAUUUAGCUUAACACCAAGCAUCUCUGUGAGUCAAAUCGAGUGUGCGCCCGAUUCCACAGAGAAUAUUACUAUUACUAUUAAGCCUAAUCCUCAUAGUAUGUACAUAUAUAAUUUAAGUGCAUAUUACUGUAUAUUAUAAUUAUGAAAAAUAAAUAUAAAUUGUUGCUAAAAAAAAUUGAUGC